UAAGAUUUAGACAAAAUUCCUUUCAUUGCUGGAACACGAGCGCUUCUCAGUCAGCUGAUUCAAAACAAAACGUGUGUCUACGCAGAGUUGAAAUGAUGAAGGAAAAGGAAGAGAGCAGUGCAAGUGAUGAUGGAAAAGAUGAUGAAAGUGCGAGUGCCAUUCGACCUGAUACCUCCAUGAUCUCCCUAAAAGAGAAUCUGGAAAGCUUGGCACAACUACAGAAGGUCCAUGAAGAGAGACUCUUCCUAUGUCAGACAGAAAUCAGUCAGUUGAAGAAAUUCCGCACAGAUUAUUUACACCUUCAAAAGAGGCUAAAAACCCUACCCGACAAGACUACCUAUGAUGUGAUGGUGCCCUUUGGUUCUCUAGCGUUCAUGCCAGGGCGACUUGUGCACACAAAUGAGAUCUUGGUGCUGCUAGGUGACAACUGGUUUGCCGAGAGAAGUGCUAAGCAAGCCAUUGAAAUUGUAAAGAGAAGGUUAAAAGAUUGUGAUGAAAAAAUUAAAACAGCUGAAACUACAGAGAAGAUUCAUUUGAAUUGGUUGAAGGAGACAGCAGAGGUGCUUAAGGGGGAUAUGGGUGACCAGGUAGACAUUGUGUUGAAAAGUGACGGUAAGUUAAGAAUACCAGAAGAGUCGAUUACCUAUGAAUGUGGACUCCAGCACACAAAGAAAGGAAAUAUGUUCUAG